ACGCGUGCCCGCGGCGGGAGCCCCGGCGCGCCGCCCCGAGUCCCGCCGACCCCCGGCUUGCGGCGGGAGCCCCGAGCCCCGCCGACCCCCGGCUUGCGGCGGGAGCCCCGAGCCCCGCCGACCCCCGGCCUGCGCGGGGAGCCCCGGUGGGAGCCGCGGCGGGAGCCCCGAGCCCCGCCGACCCCCGGCCUGCGCGGGGAGCCCCGGUGGGAGCCGCGGCGGGAGCCCCGAGCCCCGCCGACCCCCGGCUUGCGGUGGGAGCCCCGAGCCCCGCCGACCCCCGGUCUGCGCGGGGAGCCCCGGUGGGAGCCGCGGCGGGAGCCCCGAGCCCCGCCGACCCCCGGCCUGCGCGGGGAGCCCCGGUGGGAGCCGCGGCGGGAGCCCCGAGCCCCGCCGACCCCCGGCCUGCGCGGGGAGCCCCGGCCCGCCGCGUCGAGGGGCUCGCUGUGCCCGGAGCCUGCGGAGUCCUGCGUCGCCCGCUGAAACGACCCGCGGUUGGUGCCGCUGGUGUCUCCCGGGGCGCCAGCCCCUGCACGGCUGCCGACCGGAGUGUGACAGGCCUAGGAGAGACUGCGCUGGGCCAGGGGCUGCCACCUGUUGGGGCCGCGGCCCUGACGGAAGCUCACCGCACGUCGCAGUUCGGGAUGCAGCCCGACGAGGCAACGGGAAGUUUCACGGAGCCGUGCUUGCGCCUCGCAUGCUGUGCGCGCGGUGUUCUCUCCACGGUGUUCGAGGCCCAAGUAAACGAUUGGGGGAUCCCGGGCUGCGACGUGCGGUUUGGGAGAACAUUGCUCCGUUUCGUGGGUCCCCGUCAGCUUUUGCCUAACGUGAGCUAGAAGGGAAGAUAAGGUGUAUAAUGAAUCCAAAUAUGAAGCAGAAACAAGAAGAAAUCAAAGAGAAUGUAAAGAAUAGUCCUGUGCCAAGAAGAACUCUGAAGAUGAUUCAGCCUUCAGCAGCUGGAUCACUUGUUGGAAGAGAGAAUGAGUUGGUUAAAGCCUUGUCCAAAAGGAAACAUUGGAACGACCAGUUAACAUCUAAGGCUUCCAGCUCUGGAGUUGUUUUUGUCCCAGAACAUAGUGAAAAUAAAAAUUUUAGUGAAGUUACUCAAGAAGCGUUUGAUCUUAUGAUUGCAGAAAAUCCAUCCUCUCAAUAUUGGAAAGAAGUGGCAGAAAAACGGAGGAAGGCGCUCUAUGAAGCACUUAAGGAAAAUGAGAAACUUCACAAAGAAAUUGAACAAAAGGACAGUGAAAUUGCCCGCCUGAAGAAGGAAAACAAAGAACUGGCAGAGGUAGCAGAGCAUGUGCAGUAUAUGGCAGAGGUGAUAGAGAGACUGCAUGAGGAACCUCUGGGUAACUCUGAAUCACCAAACAGUCAGGAGUGUGACUCGGAAGAGGAAACCAGUGAGGACUCGGACGUGGAAGCCCCAGAUGCUGGUACGUGUGCUGAAGAUGCUGUGUCUUCCUCGACAGAUGCAAAACCGUGUGUGUGAAAGUCACGCUUGUCUGACUUGAGAAACUUACUGCCAGAGUUACCUCCACUAGAGCUCUUUGUAGCAGAGCAAACAGCUGUACUGCGGAGUUGGAAUCAGACCUCCUUGUUUGAAUCCUGGGACCCCCGUUGCAUUAAAAUACAAAUACUAUGUAUUUUUAAUCUGUGAUGUUUUAUGUAAAUAGCAUUUUCUCAGUGGUCAAACAUGACUUGUGUAUAUGAUAAAUAAACUUCAGUCUCUUGUUGAGCAUUGUGUGUAUCUGGGAAGAAUGAAGUAUAAC